GAUGCAGUCAGUCUCACAGCUGGGACUGUAACCAUCUUCCUCUACUCUGGGUCUGGAUGCUGCCAGAGUGCCGGGGAUAUUCUUGCUGCUAGUCUUCCUGUACUCACAGAGCCGCGGGCUGCCCCAUGGGUGUGGGCACGGUGCCGGGAGAUGCCGCUACCCUGGACCAGGGGUCGUGGGACGCUGAUACAGAGGAGGGAGUGAGCGCCGGCGGCCGCAGCUCCCGGACAGUCGAGCGCGGCGAGAGAGAGGGGAAGGACUGGCGACUCCCCGAGGCCGGGAUGGAGGGAGAGGUGUGCAAGAUCAGCGUGUGGGUCUGUCAGGAGGAGAAGCUGGUCUCCGGCUUGUCCAGGCGCACCAGCUGCCAGGACGUGAUCGCCGCUCUGCUGGAAGAGGCGAGGCUGAGCGACCUGUUGUCCGGUGCCCCGGACACCUACUGCCUGGUGGAGAAGUGGCGAGGCUUCGAGAGGACUUUGCCCAACAAGACCAAGAUGCUGAGGCUGUGGACGGCGUGGGGAGAGGAGCGGGACAAUGUCACCUUCGUGCUGGAGAAGACGCGAGUGGCGCUGGGCAGGACGGGGCCGAGGAGCGCUCAGGCCAAGGUGGUGAACAGCAAGGGCAACCCGUGCAGGGUGCGGGCAGCGGCGGGGAGCAGCAUGGCCAUGUCCCGGGACAAGCACAGGAGAGUGGUGAGGAAGGCGUUCAGGAAGCUGGCCAAGAUGAAGCGGUGCCACAAGCAGGGGAGCGGGACGCAGGGGUGGAGGAGCGGGGAGCGCAUGGAGACACUGGUUCACCUGGUCCUGUCUCAGGACCACACCAUCCGCCAGCAGAUGCAGCGGCUGCGGGAGCUGGAGCGGGACAUCGAGCGCUGCGAGGCCAGGGUUCACCAGGACAGGAUGAGGGAGCACGGAGCCAACUAUGUGCAGGACACGUACCUGGAGGGAGGGAGCGGCGGGGCCCCGGGGCCGCGGGGGGAAGGGGAGGAAGGGGCCGAGUGGCCGGGGGACGAGGUCCCGCUAGAGGCCGGGGGGCUCCGGGAUGAGCUGGACGCCAGUGUGGGCGCCGGGCGGCGUCUGGCCGGCGAGCUGGAGACGUGCGCCCUGGAGCUGGAGCGCAGCCGGGCUGACCGCGAACUCAGGCGGGGAGAGAUGGAGAGGUUGUUGCGGGAACUGCGCCAAGCGCAGCGGACCGGCCAAGACCCCCAGACCCCGGGCCAGACCCCCGCAGGCUGCCCCGCCGCCACCACCACCACCGCCACCGCCGCCGCCACCGACGACUCCGACACCGGCCUCAGCUCCAUGAACAGUCUGGACUCUGACCCGACCCCAGUCUCUGAAUCCCUCGUCUAGUCUAGACCCCACUCACCAAACCCGGGGAGGGGGUGGGGAGGCGGACAGAUUCCGUGUUUGUGGACUGUAAAUUGUCGCUGUUGGUCGGGUCAAUAGAUGCUGGAAAUAUGAACUAAAAACAGAAAAUGCUGGACACAAAAACCCAGCAGGUCAGGCAGCAUCUGUGGAGAGAGAGAGAGAGAGAGAGAAUGCGUUAACGUUGAAGUGGUAAAGAAGGUUUCCUUGCUUGCAUCCGUCAGGGCAUUGAGUUUAAGAGUCAGGAAGUCAUGAUGCAACAAUGUGGGACAUUAAUGAGGCUGCUUCUGGAGUACAGCGUGUCGUUCUGGUCGUCCCAUUACAGGAAGGCUGCGGAGAGAGAGGUUUACUAGAAUUAUGCCAUAAUUAGAGAAUAUUAGUUGGACAAACUUGG